GCCUGAUGCAAGGGGAGGCCCGGCUGGCGGCGGCCGCUGCCGCAUCGGAGCGCUCGGCCCUCGGCUGAGCCGGCCUGGCUGGCAAUGAAUGGCUGCUGCUGCCGCGAGGCCAGGGCGAGCUGAGCCCUGCGCGGAGACCGCCCCUGUGCACAGCAGACCCCCCACCGCCUCCCCACCCCCACCCCAAGCCAGGAGGAGACGACUAUGGCGCAGACUCUGCAGAUGGAGAUCCCCAACUUCGGCAACAGCAUCCUGGAGUGCCUGAACGAGCAGCGCCUUCAGGGGCUGUACUGCGACGUCUCGGUGGUGGUGAAAGGCCACGCCUUCAAGGCUCACCGGGCCGUCCUGGCGGCCAGCAGCUCCUACUUCCGGGACCUUUUCAACAACAGCAAGAGUGCGGUGGUGGAGCUGCCGGCGGCUGUGCAGCCCCAGUCCUUCCAGCAGAUCCUCAGCUUCUGCUACACGGGCCGGCUGAGCAUGAACGUGGGAGACCAGUUCCUGCUGAUGUACACGGCCGGCUUCCUCCAGAUCCAGGAGAUCAUGGAGAAAGGGACUGAGUUCUUCCUGAAGGUCAGCUCCCCCAGCUGCGACUCCCAGGGCCUGCACGCCGAGGAGACCCCUUCCUCCGAGCCCCAGAGCCCCGUGGCCCAGACCUCCACCUGGCCCUCCUGUAACACCCCCUUGCCCCUGGUGUCCCGCGUCAAGACAGAGCAGCAGGAGUCGGACUCCGUCCAGUGCACUUUCGUGGUCAAGCGGCUCUGGGACAACGGCCAGAAGGAGGGCGGAGGCGGGGGAGGAGGCAACAACGGGAGCCGCAAAAUGGCCAAGUUCUCCACGCAGGACCUCGGAGGCAACCGGCAGCAGCAGCAGGGGGCGCAAGCAGGAGGCGGGGGCGGCAGCGGGCCCGGUGUGGUGAGCGGGCCCAGCACGUCCGACCAGACCAGCCCCGGCACGUCCAGCGCCUACACGAGCGACAGCCCGAGCUCCUAUCACAACGAGGAGGACGAAGAGGAGGACGCGGCCGAGGAAGGCUCCGAUGAGCAGUACCGGCAGAUCUGCAACAUGUACACGAUGUACAGCAUGAUGAAUGUAGGGCAGACAGCAGCGGCCGCAGAGAAGGUGGAAGCCCUGCCCGACCAGGUGGCCUCUGAGUCUCGCAACCGGAUCCGGGUGCGGCAGGACCUGGCGUCGCUGCCGGCCGAGCUCAUCAACCAGAUCGGGAACCGGUGUCACCCCAAGCUGUACGACGAGGGCGACCCUGCGGAGAAGCUGGAGCUCGUGACAGGAACGAACGUGUACAUCACCCGGGCACAGCUGAUGAACUGCCAUGUCAGCGCGGGGACGCGGCACAAAGUGCUUCUGAGGCGGCUUCUGGCGUCCUUUUUUGAUCGGAACACUCUGGCAAACAGCUGUGGCACUGGCAUCCGCUCGUCCACCAACGACCCCAGCCGGAAGCCGCUGGACAGCAGGGUGCUGCAUGCCGUGAAGUUCUACUGCCAGAACUUCGCCCCCAACUUCAAGGAGAGCGAGAUGAACGCCAUCGCCGCCGACAUGUGCACGAACGCCCGGCGUGUGGUCCGUAAGAGCUGGAUCCCCAAGCUCAAGCUGCUGAUGGCAGAAGGUGACACCUACACCACGUUCAUCAACGACACUGGGAAGAUGGAGCCGGACAUCAUGGGAGUGGAGCACAGCUUUGAGACAGGCAGUCACGACGGGGAUGCAGGGACCUCGGCCGAGAGCCUCCAGUUCUGUUUAUAGGUGGUUUGCAAAGGGGUAAUAAAUGAUGGAUCAUGUCUCAAGCAUAUCAAAGACAGGAGCGUCGGAUGUGUUGCAGCUGGGUCUAAGCUUCCCAUUGGAUUUGAUAACCAUCCCUGAGAACUGAUUAACCUUGCAUUCAAGCUUUAUGAACCCCGCGCAAACUGCUCACGAAUGGAGCCUUCGUACAAAGUGGGACUGUACGAUUUUACAGGAAAAUAAAAAUCCGAAUUUAAGACCCUGAUUUCUAAAAAGCAUCUGUUCAAGACAGCAUGUAAGCAUGCGCUUAACUUUAAGCACCUCUUUAUGUUCCUCUUGAAUUCAGUCAAAAUGGGCCUUUGACCUUAUUCAUCUUACAUGCUCAAGUCCCACUGAUUUCUUUCAUCCAUCCACAGGCUGCAGUGACAAGGGUGGAGAAUAAGGAUGGGUCGUAACGUGUGUGUCUCUGAAUGGGGGCUUUUUUUUUUAAAGCAAGUGACAGAGCAACGCUCCUGGCUGUAAUGUCUUUUCACAUUGCGUCUACACUGGAUUCUUUUCUUCUUUCCCCUUCCAACCACGUAGUGUAAAAUCCUAGUGCAGCGACUCACAAGUGACCUCUCUGGGGAUUUGAACUUUGGGCAGAGCCAACCUAAUUCCCUGUUGCUGUGUCUCCCUCGAGUGGCCAGGCUGCAUGUGAAGAUUUGAAUCCUCUAACGGGCCACAUCUUUUAGCUCACCCGGUAGCAGUUUUGGCUUUUAUCGCCUCAAGUCUGAGAUUCAGUCGCCAGCCAAGGGGUGUCAUGUUACGCUAACUUGAAAUUUGAGAUUGUUGGCUGAAAUUUCUUUUGGCUGGAAAAGGCAGAUUCGCCACCAAAACGGGGCAGUUUCUCCAAAUUGUUUUGGCCAACCCCUUCCCCCGAAACGUUUUGUUUUGACAUUUUCAAACUAUUUCAGGUUUGAGUCGCAGCUGAGUCAGUGGGUAUCCGUAAAAAGAACAGGAGGACUUGUGGCACCUUAGAGACUAACAAAUUUAUUAGAGCAUAAGCUUUCGGGAGCUACAGCCCACUUCAUCGGAUGCAUCUAUUUCAGUGUUUCAUCGUAACAUUUGGUUUAGAAAUGACCUUCCAUUUUAUUUUAGGAAUACUGUAAAAAACGCUGCACAACAAAAGAUUCUGCUUUGGGGUGAACGGGUUUUGUUCAGACUGAUACGACCUUUCCCCUGUUUUGUUUUUUUGGAGUUGACGCUGACGGCGCUAUAGCUAUGCUGAUGUAAAUCCAAAAUCCAGCACAGAUGAGCCCCUGAAUGCGAUAUGCAAGGCCAUGCUUGAUUUUCAAUAGCACGGGGCAUUGUCGGGGCGAAAAAAAAAGGGGGUGGGGGUAAAUCUAUUUGAAUCCCUUCCGGUUAAUGCCAGGAUCCCAAGUUGUGAUUUUAAAAAUGUAGACCCAGAUCCUGCAGACACAAACAGGAUUCAUCUGUUAGGAUGUGUGUGUGUUCAUUGACCGAUUCACAUGCUGCUUCUUAAGCACUAGGGCCUGUUUUCAUUCCUGGAAUUGAUGCUGUAUGUUUUCUUGAAAUGACACUGUUUAAUUUCACCUUCCCUUUCUCGUCAGUUUCACUUCUGUGCUGCUUUGCAGUCAGGGACUCCUGGGUUCUGUUCCUAGCUCUGGGAAUGGCGUGUGGACUGGUGGUUAUCACAGGGGGCUGGGAGUCAGGACUCCUGGGUUCUGUUCUCGGUUCUGCUACCGACUUACCGCAUGGCCUUGGGCAACUCACUUCCCCUCUCCGUGCCUCAGUUUCCCCAUCUGUGACAUGGGGAUAAUGAUUCUUGCCUUGGAAAAGCUGCUAAGUAUAAUUACUAUUGUGGUUGUUGCAUCUGUGAACAUUUUUAAAUUUAAACAAACGACCACACUCCUCCCCUCCCACACCCCCAAAUUGGAAAUUAAAAUGCCAACAUGAAAACAUUGUUAUCCCUCUUAGAAUGUUUUUUUUUUUUUUUUUUGCAACCUUCUGUUUUCUUUGUAAGCCAAUGCCCUAUCCCGGGAGUUGGUGCCCCUUGGAGCAAAUAAAACUUUCCCCAUAAUUAUGUUAUGGGGACAGGGAAAGUUUUUAAAAAACCAUUUAAAAUGUAAUGUAAAAAAAUCUACAUUUCAGGGGUUGGGGACUGUGAACAGUAACUCUGCUGGGGUCCGACCCCCUCUUCCAUCCCCCUUGUGUAGCCAUGUACCCCAGCGGGAUCAGACUGGGGUGAUCGGCUGUUCGAGGUUAAGGAUGGAGGCGUAACACCGUGCGGACGGUCUCUCUCAUUGCUGUAGCAAGUCGGAUCGAUCUGUGCGUGUGACGGCGGAUGGGGAGAGGGGAUUAGUAGAAAGCUAGAAAAUCAAAACCGUUGUUGGCUUGUCCCUGGGGGAGUUCACACCCGCCCUGCUCCGCCCGAUGGGAGGGUUCAAACCGUGGCCAGGCCGUGCUGGAAGCAUUCACCUGAGCCUCCUGAGGGGAGCAAGGGUGAAGCUGCAGUGGUGUGAACCUGAGGACGCUAAGCAGAGGCAUGUGAAGGCAGAUGGCUUUUGGCCCUGGGUCAUACAGCUAGAGAAUACCCAGCAUUGGCCACCACGGGGGCUUGUGGGAAGGGAUUGGAGGACCAUCAUCUAUGGAUUGUUGUGACUGCAGUUAGCUUAUCCCUCCUAUUGCUAACUCAGCGUCCGCACCGUGUGGCUCGGAGCCCGGUGGCAGCUGCACCUUGUGGCUCGGGUAGUUGUGUCUGAAUUCGAAGCGUGUGAUGGGGGAAACCAGCACCUGAACCUGGGUUAAAUCUGCCAUGAAGACGAAGCCAGAAGCACUCGCCUUCUCUCAAACCUACCCUCCAUCCGCACUUACAUUGCUGGAUCAAAGGGUGUGAUUUUUCACACCGAUGUAUUAAACUAGAUGCAACGUUUGUGUGUGUGUGUGUGGACAUUCCUAUACGACUUUAAACCUGGCUCGUGCCUCUAAAGUUACAGGCGCAAGCUAAACCGGUUUGAAACCCAUAUAAGUGUGUCCACACACAACUAAACCGAUUGACCUUAAACCGGUGCAACUUCUAUGUGUAGGGCUUAGUCUAGCUACAGAGGUUUGCCGGUAUAGCUGUGUUGUCUGGGCGUGUGACAUAAUCACAACCUCCUCCCGGCACAGCUGUCCCACCACAAGACCCGGUGUAGAUGCAAAGCUGAUGGCAUUCAGGGAGGAAAUGCUAUGCUGGAUGAGCCCUUGGUGUGGGUUACCCCAGGAGGGUCAUUAGGAUUUAAACGAUCCUGGAGGACCAGAGAAGGGCAAACAUAGUGCCGAUCUUUAAAAGGGGAGCAAAGAGGCCCCUGGGAAUCACAGACCAGUCAGCCUGACUUUGAUAUCUGGAAAGGCAGCGGAACAGAUGAUUAAAUGAUCAAUUUAUAAGCCCCCAGAGGACAAUGGGGCGACAAGGAAUAGCCGGCAUGGAUUGAUCAAGAACAAACCAAGCUAAUUUCCUUCUUUGACAGGUGACUGGCCUCGCAGGUGGGGGGAAGCAGUAGACAUGGUAGAUCUUGAUUUUAGGUGAGCUUUUGACACAGCCCCCCAUGACCUUCUCAUCAGCAAACGAGGGAAAUGUGAUCUAGAUGAAAUUAGUAUAAGAUGGGUGGCGGGAAGACUCAAAGAGGAGUUAUAGCUAUAGGACUGGGAGGAUGUCUCCUGCGGCAUCCCGUAGGGGUCAGACCUGGGUCUGGUCCUAGUCAAUAUUUUCAUUAAUGACUUGGAUAAUGGAGUGAGGAGCGCGCUUAUGAUGUGUGCAGAUGUCCAAGCCAAGUGGGGUUGCGGGCACUUUGGAGGACAGGGCUAGAAUUCAAAAGGACUUGGACAAAUUGGAGAACUGGUCUGAAACCAGAGAGAUGAAAUUCAGUAAAGAGAAGGGCAAAGUAUUUCACUGGAGAAGGAAAAAUCAAAUGUGCAGCUAUGAAGUGGGGAAUAGCUGGGCAGGAGGUCGGAUGGCUGAGAAGGAUCUGGGGGUUCUAGACACAGAUGAAUGUGAGCCACCAAAGCCAAGCAGUUGCUAAAAAGCCUUGUAUCGGUCUGGGGUGUGCUAACAGGAGGGUGGUGGGUAAGGUGUGGGAGGGUCACUGGCGAGGCCUUAGCUGGAGUCCUGUGUCCAGUUCUGGGUGCCACACUUUAGGAUAGAGGUGGACAAACUGGAGAGAGGCCAGAGGAGAGCGCGGAAAAGGAUCGAAGGUUUUGAACACCUGGCCGAUGAGGAAGGUUAAAUAACCUGAGCGUGGUUAGCCUUGAGAAAAGGAGACUGGCGGGGAGGGUAUCGGAUACGGCUUCAGAUGUGUUAAGAGCCGUUAUAAAGGGGACGUGUCCACUGGAGCUAGGACAAGAAGCAAUGGGCUUAAUCUGUAGCAAGGGAGAUUGAGGUCAGAUAUUAGGAAAAGCUUCACAACCCGAGGAGGAGUUAAGCUCUGGAACAGGCUCCACGGGAGGUGGUGGCAGGGUUUUAAGGACAGGCUGGACAAUUAGCUGUUGGGGAAGGUCUAGUUUUACUUGUCCCUGUCUCAGCACAGGGAGCUGGACAUGGUGACCUCUCGAGGUCCCUUCCAGCCCCACAUUUCUGUGGAUCUGUGCCCUUUAUUCCCUAUUAAACUGCUUUGCCGAAUAUCCCCAUGUGAAGCGUGAGUGGCUGUAAAACCAUUCUGCCCACUCUGCGAUGGUGUGGUGAUCACACACUUACAGCUGCAUUUUGUAUCAGACUUUUAAUUACCCAGAUCUUCCCGCUACAUAUAAGAGCGGGGUGAUAUUAUUAAUAUAGUGUUUUUCAUCAAUAGAUCUGAAAGCUGCUUACAAUCUUUAUUAGUCAUGAUUUCUUUUAACUGGAAAUACAUUCCCCUCUCUCUCACGCACACAGCUGCAGUAGAAAGAAAGGGUGAGGGUUUUUUUGCUUACAUUUUUUUUUUUAGUAAAAACUUUUCCUCCUCGCCUGGAAUGUCUGACCAUUUGAUCCUCUUUUUAAUGAAAAGAGGAGUUGGGGGAAAGAAAUGAACCAAUCUUGUGUGUUUGGAAAACGGCUGCCUGCAAAAAUUCCACUUUCAAAAAUUGUAAGAGCAUAAAUCCUCUUAAUAUUUUUAAGCCACCGGCUGUGGGGGGUUUGAGACGCCUUCCCACAGAAACGUUUCUAGUGUAUGUAUUUUUAACACUUUAAGAGCAUAAUAUCAAAGUAUAAUCCUUUGAUUGGAAGAUCUUUUUAAAUCAGAAUAUGUAAAAUUCACCCCCCGUUCAGCAGGCUGGCUCCAGAUCUAUGCGUCACUUACACUCUUGAACUAGAAUUUUACAUGACAAAAAAGACACCAGCCGGUGUGAAUUCCACCUAGUGGGACAGAUCCCCAGUGGAUGUAAAUCUGCGCGGCUCCAAUAAAGUAAGUGGGGCCAGAUCCUUAGCUGGUAUGAAUUGGCUGCAGCUCCAUUAAGAACAGCCUUCUGCCAGGUGUGCCAACUUGUCAGUGGAAAAGCAGACUCUGCCCUCUUGUGCAUUACCCUCAGAUAACUUGGGUCCUGCUUCUGUGAGAUGCUGAGCACUGGGACCUGAGUCAGUGAAGCCCCAUGGAGCCUGCUUAACUUUAAGCUCGCCAGAAGUUCUGUUGAAGUCAGUGGGACGACUCGCAUGCUUAAAGUUAAGCAUGUGCUUAAGCGCUUUGCUGGAUCGGGCCCAGAGCUUGGUUGAGAUUUUUCUACAAUUCAGAAACGACGACGCCCACUGGCAAAAUUCCAAAUGUUGGAGGAAAAGGUUUUGAUUUUAUUUUUUUCCCCCUCUCAAUGUUUCUUUCUGGGCUUUCGAUCAGCUGUGAAGAGCCCCAGUAAAAUGCUUCACGCUGGGACACAGUUUGAAAAUUGGUCACAGCUCCAAAUUUGGACCAAAUGUCACUCGUCUGUCCCCUCCCCUCGUUUUCCUCCCAUCCCUAUGUUAUCACAAUUUGUUUGGAAA